CGCGCUAUAAAUUAUCCUCCUCCUUCACCCAAUUCCCUCUCAAACAAUCCGAGUUAUACAAAUUUCCUCAUCAAUCAAACAUUUGCACACAUAAAUUCAAAAAUGUCUCUGAUUCCGAGCUUCUUCGGGCGCCGCAGCAGCAACGUCUUCGACCCAUUUUCUCUUGAUGUGUGGGAUCCCUUUCAGGACUUUCCUCUCUCCAACAACUUCCCCUCCUCCGCCCGUGAAACCACGGCGGUGGCCAGCGCCCGCAUCGAUUGGAAGGAGACGCCGGAGGCCCAUCUAUUCAAGGUCGAUGUUCCCGGAUUGAAGAAGGAAGAAGUUAAGGUUGAGGUUGAAGAUGGUGGCAUUCUGCAAAUUAGUGGAGAGAGGAGCAAAGAGCAGGAGGAGAAGAAUGACAAGUGGCACCGCAUCGAGAGGAGCAGCGGCAAGUUCUGCCGCCGCUUUAGGCUGCCGGAGAAUGCCAAGCUGGAGCAGGUGAAGGCGGCGAUGGAGAAUGGGGUGCUCACGGUGACAGUGCCAAAGGAGGAAGUCAAGAAGCCUGAAGUGAAGGCUAUUGAUAUCUCUGGUUAAGUGGAAAAUUUGGUGCCUGAGUUUUCGUUGAUUUUCAGUUUGUGAAGAUUGAUGUUUGUUGUUUGUGUGUCUUCUUUUUAAUUUCAACGUAAACUAUCCUCAGAGAGUUGUAUAAUAUUGUUAAAUAAACAGAGUGUUCUGAUGUAAUAUUUGAACUUUUUAUCCUCAACAACAUCUAAUACAGUACAUAUUACUAUAA